AUGAAGACAUCAGCCCUUGUUUUUCUCUGUGCAUUUUCUCUGUCUCUGGCUUAUUUCGACGACUACAUCGAAGGUACUGAUUUUUCAGUGUCGUUUUCUGAAACUUUCUCAGUUAUGGGCGGGUUCAUUCGUUCAUAAAUUAGAUACGCACAGACUAGUUUUCUACGUUUCUUUCAAUUUUUCAGUCUUUUAACGUACAUCAGAUAUAUCUUUUGUACAAAAUACAUUUUCUAGAAGAAAAAGUUAUUUUAGAGCCGUAACUAUAUAUUACAAAGGUAUACUCGUCAUGGACACUUCAGUAUUCCAAGUCAGGAAUAUAUCAUUUCACUUGUUGUUUAGGACCUAAAGAAACCCAGUUCACUUCAGUUCUACAAGCGUGUAUGAACUUUGUCACUGAUAUUGAAGCUGAAAGGAGAUUAUAUGUGAUGCGUUCAGAAAACUGACUUUUUUUUUGCGUUAUGGAGGGCAGUAAAGUUCGAGCGUCAAAUUAACCGGGCAGCGCGAGGCGGGGCCAGUCGCCUAAAAAAGCCACAGGUCAAAACUCUCAAAAAAUUAUUAGAAAAGAAGGCGAAAGGUCACUUAUUACGCCCAAUUUGAUAAAGACUUUGUUUGCAAAAUUCGCCAUUAGCGGUGUGAUUGUAUGGACGAUUCCGGCCGGUAAAUGUGUUAGAACCAAAGAGUAUAUUAACGGGCGCGCUUCGACAUUGGCAUUGAGAAUAAUUUGCAUACAUUUCCAUAUCUUAUGGUAGUUUCUAGAUCAGCUUUACAUCGCUACAAAAACUUCUUCGUCUCAAUAAUAAGUCGUGAUGUUUUGCGGGACAAUGAAUAAGCCUUGUUGUGGGAAAAGCUGGAAGACAUUCGCUGAACGAAGUUACAGCGAAAAUCGGCAUGCUAUCAUGUCGAGCUACAGUGCGAAUUCAAAGAUGCUUUUGCUCCGAAUUUGUGGGCGUUUCGGUUAAUACACUGAGUAUCUCACUCAAGGUCUCACUUAGUUAUCUUAAUUAGGGCCAAACUAGUCAAUACCUCAGAGUGAGCUGAAAUAGUUCUUUGGUAACUCGUGGGGGUGUACGUCUGGAGUUAUAAGGUCGACCACGCAGACGUUCUCCUCACCUCAUCCUCGCUUGUAGAGUUUAGUCGAGGCCAAGUUGGCCACAGAUUUGUAUACGUAAUAGCACGAUUUGUAGUGAUAUUAGGCAUAAAUACCACGAGUGAUAUUUCGAAAUUGUUAUACGUAAAAUUUGAGACAAUUUUGAAAUAUCACGAGUGGUAUUUAUGCCAACUAUCAUGUACGAAUUAUGCUAUUAUUUGUUUGUACUACUACCCGCAAAAGGUUUGUAAUUUCAACAUGUAGGUAUUUCAAAUUNACGUUCUCCUCACCUCAUCCUCGCUUGUAGAGUUUAGUCGAGGCCAAGUUGGCCACAGAUUUGUAUACGUAAUAGCACGAUUUGUAGUGAUAUUAGGCAUAAAUACCACGAGUGAUAUUUCGAAAUUGUUAUACGUAAAAUUUGAGACAAUUUUGAAAUAUCACGAGUGGUAUUUAUGCCAACUAUCAUGUACGAAUUAUGCUAUUAUUUGUUUGUACUACUACCCGCAAAAGGUUUGUAAUUUCAACAUGUAGGUAUUUCAAAUUUAGCUGAAAUACCACUGCUCUAGGCCAAUCCAAUUGUCGAAAUUUCUUAAGUAGUAGUAUAAAGUGAUCAAAUUACAUUGUAGUCACAAAAAUUUUUUGAGAUGAUAACAAUACAGCAUUUAUCCGUUAAUUUCAGACCCUUGGGAGAAUGAGGACGAAGCGGUUAAUCCGGAGUCUAUAAAGUUACAGGGUAAAGUUUACAACUGCACAGAGGAUAUGGAUUGUGACUGCCCCAAGCUCCUUUGUACUGGAGUAAAGAGUUGCAGAAAAGGAGGCCCGUUGCUAGCGAAAUGCAGGCUCGCUAAAGACUACAGUGAAAUAAACCUGCAAGACGCAAAAAGGAAGUUCUGGGGAAAGGACGGAGAUUGCUAUUGCCAAUAA